GCUAAAAACCAAAUCCAAGUAGGUUUAAAGAAAACUCAACGACGAUUAUAAAUAACCCAUUAACCCUCUCAUUAUUUCUUACAAUCAAUCGAUUAAAGCUUUGUCUCGUUUUAAAAGCAGAAGACGAAGACGAAGAAUCAUCCAUAAGAAGAAGAGUUUACUCUGCUGUUCUGUUCUUAAAACGACCCUCAAAAACUUAGUUGAAGAUGUCGAUCUUGAUAAUACACCAUUACCUCGUUCGUGACUUUUUUGCUGUUCCGUUUCUUACGCCACACGGAUUUGGUUACCACCACUUCUGUCGUGACUCCUUUUUACAUGUUCCUCAAAGACCUAUUCCUCUUUUGGGCUUGAAGAAGAAACGUUCACAAAGAGCUUACUUCAAACCUUCUAAUACCAGAAAGCCGCAAUCUUAUAACCCUGAUCCUGUUCAAGCACCGCCUCCUGAUCCUGUUCAAGCACCGACUCAAGAAGGAGCACAAUCUUAUAACCCUGAUCCCGUUCAAGCACCGACUCCUGAUCCUGUUCAAGCACCGACUCAAGAAGGAGCGCAAUCUUAUAACCCUGAUCCUGUUCCAGCACCGACUCAAGAAGGAGACUUUUUUGAUGGUUCGGUCACGCUGUGUGCUGCUCCUUCGCCAAGACACGUACCGAUUCCGAUAUUUUGUGGUAGAGAGAUGACGAAAGUGUCUUCAAAGCUAACCCCAAGACUUGAAGAAUGAGAGAAUUCAAGAGACCAAGCCUUUUUUUUUUUUGGUUUUAAGAGUUUUUGUU